AUGGGCCAGGCACAGCCAACAGAGGAGAGUGAGGAGAUUGAUAUCAUAACAAUUCAAGACAUGUAUAAAAAGUUUGUCCAGGAGUGCCCGAGCGGACGACUUUUCCUGCACGAGUUCAAGCGCUUCUUUGGCGUGGAUCCUACAGGAGAGGCCUCGGAAUAUGCGGAGAACAUGUUUCAUGCUUUCGACAAAAACGGGGACAAUACAAUAGAUUUCCUUGAGUUUGUGGCGGCACUGAAUCUGGUUUUCAGAGGAGAUCUGGAGCAUAAACUGCGGUGGUCAUUCAAGGUGUACGACAGGGACAACAAUGGCUUUGUGGACCGGGGGGAACUACGAGCAAUUAUUAAUAGCAUCUAUAAGAUAAAGAAAGGUCCAAAGACGAGCACGAGCACGGACACAAGCACGAGCACACUUGACGGGCAGAUGACCGUGGAUCAGAUCGUGGAUCGAAUAUUUCAGGCAGUCGAUAGCGAUGGAGACGGUUCUAUCAGUGUGGACGAGUUUAUUAAAGGUGCAAAGCAGGACCCCUGGCUGUUAAACAUGCUGAAGUUGGAUAUUAAACCCACAAUAUGGAUGAUGGAGCAGAGGAGGAAGAGUGCACACUUUUAA